AGAUUCCACAUGCAUCUUCUUCACACGAGAAAUCUAAUGUGUAUAUAUAGAUGCUCAUAAUCUGCUUGAACAUAUAUGUCAUAGUCUGCCUAACAUUUUCUCACAAGCUAUUAGUGACUAGCUACACUAUAUCUUGUGCAUAUUUUCGCUGACAUAGAUACUCAUCAUCAUCAUCAUGGCUCCCAACCCAAACAAGGCAAAUCAACUGGUAGGGUUGUACACAAAGAGCAGUGAUCAGCACGCAGGCCCGAAGGAUGGUCUUGAAAGAACAAUAUCUGACAUCACGUCGGAACUAAACCAACAAGGCCUGGAAGACGAAGGGGUGGCGGCCUCCCCCAUUUGGGAGGUGAAGAAUGUGAAGUGCGAGUGUUGCGGAAUGUCAGAGGAGUGCAGCGAAGAGUACAUAAAGGACGUGCGUCGCAGGUUCUGGGGAAAAUUCAUAUGCGGUUUGUGUGGGGAAGCUGUGAAAGAAACGAUGCAGAAGAAUGGUGGGAAGGGAAAGGAAGCAAUGGAAGAGCACAUCAAUGCAUGCGUCAAAUUCAAUAAGAUGGUCAGGUCGUAUCCAGUGUUGUACCAGGCUGAGGCCAUCAAGCAGAUCUUGAAGAAAGCAUCAAGAAGCAGAUCAGCCUGCAGGUCUGUGACUCCUUCUCGUGAGGCUGCUCAUAACAGGAGUGGUAGUGGGACGAUCGUCAGGAGUUCCAGCUGUAUCCCUGCAAUCACUCGAGGCACCAUCAACAAUGUCGCUUCUUGAUCCACACCAUGUUAAUUGUUCCCUCACGUUGGAAUUAGUCUAUUAGGUUUCUGUUUCAAUUGUAAUUCUUCAUGGCUUGAUAGCUAGGAAGAUUUAUUAUAUAACUGAUCUUUUCUCGGACUUCAAGGGUAAUUGUACUGUUUGCUCUCAGCUGUUGGCACUUGUAUGUAUAUUGCGUGUACACAAGUAAUCAUAUGUAUCACUUUUUGUGUUUAUCCAUGGAAUAUCAGCUGGCGCGCAGGCCAUAGAUUUGGCACGCCGAGGGUAGUUCAAUAA